AUGCUACUAUUUCUCUCAGGAUAUGUACUGCAACAACAAUCUGUCAAGAACAUUCAAUAUGCCCUACGACCUCAAGAUGAUACCUCAAUGGGGAAACAUGGGGCCCCGGGCUCCGCAUUCCAAAAGCCCGCUCAAAAGCGAGGGGUAUCAGAUCAGCACUCAAGCUCACCUGGAAACUAUGCCUAUCUCCAGCUCCUGUCUGAGCCAGACCCCUCGGAUAUCUGCUCAGCCAUUCUCUUCUUUAAACAACUAUCAACAAACGGAACAGCCGUCCAGGAUCGUCUGUUUAUGUACCCACAACAAUGGGACCGAAUGUCCCCCAAAAAACUUGGGAAAUCCGCCUCUGCAGCUCUAUCCAUACUGCGUGCAGCCAGUACAAAGUACGAUAUCUGGCUACUCCCCAUCGACAUGUCUGCUGCCACAACUGCGGGGUACUUAACGACAAACAGCAAACUGCUCCGGCUAGGCCAGAUCCAGUUCAUGCAGUAUGACAGUGUACUGUAUGUCCAAACACCAGGUCUGUUGCUAGAUACAGGCAAGCUGGAUGACAUGUUCCUGGCUCGGCCACUACCUCUCCGCCAUGACAAGAACCGACAAGAAUCGUUCAACAACGAAGCUUGGAUCCCUAUGCCGCUCCGUGCCAACCGCGAUGAGCCUCUGCCUUCUACAUAUCUAAUAACAGUCAAUAAUAUUGAGGGCGGCAAUGUUGAGGCAAGAACCCAUAUUCCCAAUGUCGCACUGCCUGGAUUUGGUGAUCUCGUGGCUGAGCCGAAGCGCGCUGCAAGACUAGCUGAGAUUGGGGAUGAGCCUGGUUAUGUUUAUUUUGACAGUGACCGAGACGGACGCGUCAAGUGGUCUGGCAAUCCUUAUUUUGGAGCUUGGCGAUCCCAGCAAGCUGAAGUCUGCGAGGGUAUAAAUUUUGAUGAAAUAAUUCAUGACGAGCAAUGA